AAACUCAUUCUUCUUAAGCUCCAUUAAAACAUUAUUUCACUAAAUUAUAAUUUAAUGGGCAUUCUCCGUUUUGUAUUGUUGGUUAGUUUGAGUUUGGUUCUGUUCGGUUUAAAAACAACCGUGUCACAGCCACAACAGCAGGCACAAGUCCCAUGUUUAUUCAUCUUCGGUGACUCCUUAGUGGACAAUGGAAACAACAACAGGUUGCUUUCGCUUGCGAGGGCUAAUUACCGACCUUAUGGCAUUGACUUUCCCCAAGGUACAACGGGACGGUUCACCAACGGUCGCACCUACGUUGAUGCACUAGCUCAAAUUCUUGGAUUUAGGAAUUAUAUUCCACCAUAUUCCAGGAUUCGUGGCCAGGCUAUACUAAGAGGUGCGAAUUUCGCAUCUGGUGCAGCUGGCAUUAGAGAUGAAACCGGUGACAACUUGGGUGCACAUACUUCAAUGAACCAGCAGGUAGAGCUGUACACGAGCGCGGUUCAACAGAUGCUUCGAUACUUCAGAGGAGAUACAAAUGAGCUGCAAAGAUACUUAAGCCGGUGUAUCUUUUAUUCGGGAAUGGGAAGUAACGAUUAUCUCAACAAUUACUUCAUGCCUGACUUCUACUCAACCAGUACCAAUUUCAAUGACAAAACCUUUGCACAGUCUCUUAUAAAUAACUACACACAACAGCUCACGCGGUUGUACCAAUUUGGAGCUCGGAAAGUGAUUGUGACUGGAGUGGGACAGAUUGGUUGCAUACCUUACCAGCUCGCCCGCUACAAUAACCUUAACAAUAGUACUGGCAGAUGCAACGACAAGAUUAACAAUGCAAUCGUGGUGUUCAACUCUCAAGUCAAGAAACUAGUGGACCGUUUAAACAAAGGUCAGUUGAAGGGAGCAAAGUUUGUUUACCUUGAUUCCUACAAGAGUACCUAUGAUCUCGCUGUCAAUGGAGCUACUUACGGAUUUGAGGUUGUGGACAAAGGUUGUUGUGGGGUGGGGAGGAACAAUGGUCAGAUCACGUGUCUGCCGCUGCAGACCCCGUGCCCUGACCGAACUAAGUAUCUCUUUUGGGAUGCGUUUCAUCCGACAGAGACUGCUAACAUAUUGCUUGCAAAAUCUAAUUUCAACUCCCGAGCUUACGCUUACCCCAUCAACAUUCAAGAACUAGCCAAUAUUUGAAGAAAUAAGAUCUUGAUCUCCCAUAUGAAUGCAUAUAUGGCUAUUUAUAAAGUGUUUCUCUUCCU